AUGACCACUACUGCGUCUUCCCCGACUCUCGCGGACCGCAACGAGAUACACAAGUCUUGCAAGAAUUUGGAAGUGGUUGUGAACAUCCUUAACGACUACUGCGAGGCUGCGAAUGCUAUCGUUCUACUUCAGAAGAAACUCGCCAAGGCGAUCAGAGAAACCGCAGGCUCCAAAUGUGUCGCUGAGAUACCUGCCAAUGCUCUCAAUACCAGUGCAACCGUAUUCGAAACCUUGGCUGAGGUAGAUGUCAAGUUUGCGAAGAGUGCAGACAAGGAAUGCGAUGCGAUAAGUGCCGAAGUCAAGAAGUGGUUUAAGAAGCUUGCAAAAGAGGAGAGGGCGCACGAUGAUCGCCUUGCAAAUGCCAAUGCGAAAAUAAAGCAAGCAGGCCAGCUGUUCGAGAAGAAGUCCAAGCGGAAUCCUCAAGAUGCAGCAGGGGAGCAUACCCGGUACAUGAAUCUUCUUGGUACUCUGGGACCAGAAGUCAACCAGGAGAAGUACAACCACGCUUUGCUGGUCACUCAGCGUCAUAGCUCGACCAUGUAUUCAUUGGCGGCGUGUCUUUCUCGGGUUGCAGAUUCUGAGUGGUUGCGCUCUUGUGAAGGUGUUCGGAAGUUCUCUCCAACAGUUGGCCGACUUGGAGAAUGGCGCGCGCUCUGUGAAGGCGGCUGGUCAGGGGCUGUUCCAGCAGACUUGCCUGACGCAGAUGCACAGAAUUAUGGCCAACAGAACACGUCGGAAGGUGAUCGCAGAGUAGGGCAAGAGUUGGCGGUGCCCUCCUCGGGCAUACCUGCUCCUGAAUACUCAUCCCGUCAAACUUCCGGAGCUGCGACACCAUUAGGACACUCUCCUCGUGCACCUCCUCAGUACUUGCCAGAAUCUGGAGGGCCGACGUCGAAUCCACCAACAGACGCGCUCAGGGAGCUUCAGGAUGCCAAGUCCCGGGCUUUAGGCAAGAACAAGAACGACACUCUAACGUCGAUAACAUCAUUGUCUUCCUUCCCCUCUCCUCCCACCCACUUCCCGCUUCCGCCUGUUACAAGGAGGGAUUCUGAUGCUGUUCUCAUCACCACUACACCCGAAACCAAGGCGGACCCUCAGUCUGAAUCGCGGACAUCCUCGGGAUUGACACCGUUCCCUCGGAUGACGGAUUCUCCUACAGCAGAGUCACCCUCGGAGAAUUUUGAUGGUUCGCUGGCUCCUCCUGACAUGUCCACUACUACACAAAUAGCGCUCUCUUCGUCGGCUCCUGCGAAUAGGUUAGAAAACGCGGUUGAGGAGCCGAUGACCCUGACCACAGAGACUACGAACAUUACUACCGAGCAUUCACCUUUACAGCCACCGUCUCCGCUUCCCAGGAAUGCCGAUGUGGGGAAGCCUCGCUCUGGCGAUCGUUCCGUUCCUGGUGACCUUUCUGGCUCGUACAAGACUAGAGAUUACGUGGGUGACGCCGAAUUCGGAGUGCAUCCGACGAGAGUGGUGACCAAGGAGGAAGCCAAAGCUUCGAACCGGGAGAUCUCGAGUCCCAAAAAUCUCGAGAGGAGCGAUACCAGCAAGAGCAAUGGCAGCACGGUCGCCGCCCUACGCGAUCGAUAUGUUCGCACGGCUGGAGCGACUUCUCCACGAUGGAAAGAAGUCCCAAGGUUUUCGGGCAGCGUGUCGAAUCUUGCUGUCAGAUACGAGUCGCCUGGUGCUGUGCCACCCUCUCCCAGGUCUGGAGCAGGAUCGUCGAGUGACGAACGGCGUCAUAUGUCUCUGGAUUCGACCGGUCGCGUGUCAGACGUCUCACUCCCAGAACGGAGUGGCGCAACUGGUAGAUACGUUCCUACUGACGCUGCACUUCCUGUUUCCGAUAUCAACCUCCGUCGCCAACGUAUAGAAGAACUGGAAGAGCUGGAACUCCGAGAGAAGGAAUACGAGCUGAGAAUGCAAGAACGGGAGAUCGAGCAUCGGGCCCAAGAACUGGAGUUGCAGCGCGUUCUUCUCGUCAAUGCUCGCAGACCUGAUGGCUACACCAGCGACAGUUCGCGCGGCACGGCAACAAGGUUUGCCCCACGUCCCUUGCCAGAUUCACCUUCCUCUGCGCCAGCCCUACAGCCUCGCUAUCCAAUGUACUCAUAUAGCACCACCCAUCUCGUGCCGCAGUCUUCUAAUCCCGCAUCUGCAAGCCAUUAUGGGUCUAGCCAACCUUCCUCUCCUGUCUAUCGUCCUACGGAUCAUUCUACGAGUUGCGGUUGCGAAGCAUGCUCCGUCUCGAAGUACAGGAGUGCCGACCCGUCGCCCACCCUGCGUAGCCUCCGUCCUCCGGCGCCGCCAAUUACGCUCCGGCCAGAGAAACCGAAGGGUUGGAUCAGACGUCUCAGUAUGCCCGUCAUAAGCAACAUUAGUGCCUUCUCGCUGGAUUCGAAGAAGAAUAUCAGCAGCGCGGGAAUAGCGGGAGGCCCUGGCUCGAGAAACAGCUACGCGUUGCCGGAUGAAGACGGGAGGCUGCAGAGCGAUCUGAGGGCCGGCAUCAGGAACCGCAGUUCAACAAAUCUUGCUCGGCGGUGA